AUGGCCUGGGAGGCCACAUACCUGCUAUCCCCCAUCCUGCUGGUGCUCCUGGUCUCAGGCUCCUGCACAGAGGAUACAGAGUUACUUCAAACAACGGAAGACAAGAAGGUUUUUGUGAAAUGCCAAUAUGAUCCCAGCCAAUAUGUCAAUGUGAAAGUCUUGUGUCAGGAAAUAUCAGCAGGAACUUGCAAAUUGAUAGUGACCAGUGUGAGCAAAAACGUUCAGUGGCCAAAAUUCUCCAUCAAGGACGCUCCUGGGUCUGACUUCUUCACUGUCACCAUGACUGCACUCACCAUGGGAGACUCGGGUCUCUAUUUCUGUGGGAUCGUUGAAAACGACAGAACAGUGGCUGUUCUCAGAAGGUUCCGCCUGGUGGUGUCAAGAGGUCAUUCAAAUACUACUGCUUCUGCCAUGAUUCCGACUUGGACAAGAACUGAAGCUCCCCCCUUUAAUACCACAAAGGACAUGAGCACCAGCUUUUCCAGGGUCUCCAUAUCCAGCAUGGUUGUUCUCAUAGUCUGUGGACUCCUCAGUAAGACCCUUAUCUUCACUGUCUCGUUUGCUGUCACAGAGAGGUCAUUUGGAGGACAGACAGUGAUGUCGCACAACAGUGACUUCUGA